AGAACUCAGAAGCGCUGUAUCAAUCCCACCACGACUACACGUUCAAUUAUAAAUUAUGUAUGUUUCGGGGGUUUCAUCAUCAUCAUCAUCGUCUUCGUCACCAAGCACAACCAAAACUUUGGUCCCAUUUUUCAACCAUUACCGUACAAAGCUCUCACUGUUCUCACACCUAUGAGGCUAUGUCCACCACCGGUCCAAGUAGUACUUUUCACCCAACUCCCUCGACUUUUUCUGCAAGACCCAAUCUGCCACCGUGUAUUCAGUCAUCGGAAUGCAAAUUGUACAGUCAGGAUUGACUCUUCAAAGUAAGAAACACUAUCAUGGGGGGGAGCGAAACAUUUGUUCUGUCAACAACCUUAGUCAAAAGACAAGUUGGUAUAAACAUGCAGACUGAACAAAACUGAGAAUCUGAAGAAAAGAGAAGAAGUUUCCUUGAAGGGAAUUGUUGGGUGGAACUCGGUUUCUCACUGCUUUUUACCAUAAGCAAUAACUAUAAGGAGUUGAUUUUGGCCUUUUCUCUUGUCUUUCAUCACAAGGUCAAAUCCAUAAGCUCUCUCUCUUCCUCCAAAGUCCAAACCAAAUUCUCAGCUUCAUCUUCAUCUUCAUGUAGGUUCUCCUCUGAAUUUUACAGGACAUCAUCACUGCUUGCUCACAUGGUCUUUGAUCCUCUUCAUAUUUCAGUAUCAGGUUUUCUUAUGCAUGUUUCCGGAUUUGUUGAACUUGUUGCCUCAAAGUGACUAUUGAAAACUAAAUAGUUGGCGCUGGUGUUCCAUUUUAGGCAUACCUUCAUUUUCUGGCAAAGAGAAUUUGAUGGGAACUUAUGGAAAAUAACUCCAACUACAUGCCUUUAAACAAGUUUUCAAGAAAUUGUAGGUUGGAAUUUCGUUAACGCUUUAAAGGAAGUCAAAAGUUUCUAGCCCACCUAGUUUUUUGGCCAACCCUUAAAUCUAUAUGGAAAUUUGGUGAAAGUCAUCAGUAACAGAUCUAAAUUCUAUAAUAUAAAGUCUUCCUCAACAACUGAAGAAGUAAAAGAAAACCAUGUCUUUAGUCAGGCCAGUGGAGCUGUCUGCCACGUCGUACAGAAAAUCCAAACUCUACUCUCUGAAGGGAAGCAAUGACACUAACACCCAAACAUUUGGUGCUGAUAAGAAUAAUACCAUGUAUACGACUGAUUCUUACUCCACCGAGAGUUAUGAGUUCCUAGACUCCCCAAGUGAAGAAGUUGUGCAUCCAUCUAGCUCUAGCAUUUCUGGAAGUUCGUUUAAUGAGCAAGCUGCCUCAUUAUACCCACGCAGAGCUGGAUCUGUUUCCUCCUUGACCACUCAAAAUCCAUCUAGUGCUUCUUUCAUGUCCAUGAGGCUUCAUGAUGCUUACCAAACCAACAUUGACUCAGAUUACUUAGAGAGUCAAAGCCCAGAGGCUGUUAGCUUUGAUGACGGUAAGAUGAAAUUGAAGCUUCAAGAAUUGGAGAGAGCACUGCUUGACGACAACGAUGCUGAAGAUGAUGAGGAGAUGAUUGGAAAUGGUCAAAGCAUGGAAAUUGACGGUGAAUGGACUGAACCAAUCCAGAAUGCAUUGCUCCAUGACUCACCCAAGGAGUCUUCAUCAUCUGAUUCUUAUCUAAGCAGCAUCAGCAGCAACAAAGAAAUAUCACGAGUAUCUCCUCGAACACCCAAGCAGCUGCUGUUUGACUGUGCUGGUGCACUUUCAGAGGGAAAUAUCGAAGAAGCAUCAACCAUAAUAAAUGAGCUUCGGCAGCUGGUCUCAAUUCAGGGAGAUCCUCCUCAGAGGAUUGCAGCAUAUAUGGUGGAAGGCCUUGUAGCUCGCAUGGCUUCCUCAGGAAAAUAUCUCUAUAGAGCUUUGAAAUGCAAGGAACCUCCAUCCUCUUAUCGCCUUGCAGCCAUGCAAGUACUUUUUGAGGUGUGCCCUUGCUUUAAAUUUGGAUUCAUGGCAGCAAAUGGAGCCAUUAUAGAAGCUACGAAAGAUGAAAAGAGUGUCCAUAUAAUAGAUUUUGACAUAAACCAGGGGAAUCAGUACAUAACACUGAUACAAGAACUUGCUGAACUGCCUGGUAAGCCACCACACUUGAGGUUAACGGGGGUUGAUGACCCUGAGUCAGUUCAGCGUCCUGUUGGGGGCCUUAAUACCAUCGGGCAAAGGCUAGAGCAGCUAGCAGAAGGACUUGGUGUUUCAUUCGAGUUUCAAGCAGUUGCCUCAAAGACUUCAAUCGUCAGUCCUCCGAUGCUGCACUGUAGGCAAGGGGAAGCACUUGUCAUAAAUUUUGCUUUUCAGCUUCACCACAUGCCCGAUGAGAGUGUUUCGACGGUAAACCAGAGAGACCAGCUUCUCCGGCUGGCCAAGAGCUUGAGUCCAAAACUCGUCACAGUUGUGGAACAAGAUGUGAACACCAAUACUACCCCAUUCUUCCCAAGAUUUGUUGAAGCCUACAAUUAUUACUCUGCUGUUUUUGAUUCCCUUGAAGCAGCUAUACCAAGGGAGAGCCAGGAUAGGAUGAAUGUUGAAAAGCAGUGCCUUGCACGGGACAUAGUAAACAUCGUUGCAUGCGAAGGAGAGGAAAGAAUAGAGCGGUAUGAGGUUGCAGGGAAGUGGAGAGCCAGGAUGGCCAUGGCUGGGUUUACUUCAACUCCUAUGAGUAAAAGUAUUACUGAUUCGAUUCGUGACCUUAUCAGAAUGUAUUGUGACAGGUACAAGAUAAAGGAAGAAAUGGGUGGACUUCAUUUUGGAUGGGAAGACAAAAGCUUGAUUGUUGCUUCAGCAUGGAGGUGAUGGUGAAUAUGCAUUUAUCAUUAAGCUCCAAGCACUGCUAUGCUUUCAUUCAGACUUGACUUGUAAUUUUGUAUGGGAACAAAACUUAUACUGAUAAAUGUAUUCCGAGUUAAAUAAAUAAGGACUUAGGACUAUCUAACAUUGGGGUAACUGUGUAAGAAGUCUAUGCUUGUAAUAGAAUAUAUAUUUGUGCUUUUCUGUUAUUUAUUA